AUGGCUCUGAGCCUCUGGCCCUUAAUGCUGCUGCUGCUAUCUUGUACAGUGACUCUAACCUCUAUGGGGCCUGAGUUCCUGGACCCUGAUCUCUCCCUCCUGAAGUCCUUGCUCUCCACUCUGGACCAAGCUUCCCAUGGCUCUCUCAGCCGUUCACGGUUCUCUGCAUUCAUGGCCAACAUUUCUUCUUCGUUUGAGCCUGGGAGAAUGGAGGAGGGGCCCGUGGGAGAGCCCCCACCUCUCCAGCCCCCUGCCCUCCGGCUUCAUGAUUUCCUAGUGACACUGAGAGGCAGCCGGGACUGGGAGCCAAUGCUGGGGCUGCUGGGGGAUGUGCUGGCACUGCUGGGACAGGAGCAGACACCCCGGGACUUCCUGGGGCACCAGGCAGGUGUGCUGAGUGGACUUGCAGAGGUUCUGCUGGGAGCCUUAGUUCCCAGGGGUCCCCCUGCCCCUACCCGGCCCCCAUGCACCCGAGAUGGGCCUUCUGACUGCAUCCUGGCAGCUGAUUGGUUGCCUUCUCUGCUGCUGAUGUUAGAGGGCACACGCUGGCAGGCACUGGUGCAGGUGCAGCCCAGUGUGGACCCCACCAAUGCCACAGGCUUCAAUGGGAGGGAGCCAGCCCCCCACUUUUUGCAGGGUCUGUUGGGUUUGCUCACCCCAACAGGGGAGCUGGGCUCUGAGGGGGCUCUUUGGGGAGGUCUGCUACGCACAGUGGGGGCCCCCCUCUAUGCUGCCUUCCAGGAGGGGUUGCUUCGUGUCACUCGCUCCCUGCAGGAUGAGGUCUUUUCCAUUCUGGGGCAGCCAGAGCCUGAUGCCAAUGGGCAGUGCCAGGGAGGUAACCUUCAGCAGCUGCUCCUAUGGGGCAUCCGGCACAACCUCUCCUGGGAUGUCCAGGCGCUGGGCUUUCUGUCUGGAUCACCACCCCCACCCCCUGCCCUCCUCCACUGCCUGAGCACGGGUGUGCCUCUGCCCAGGGCUUCCCAGCCCUCAACCCACAUCAGCCCUCGCCAACAGCGAGCCAUCUCUGUGGAGGCCCUCUGCAAGAACCUCUCAGACUCAGCACCACCCUAUGGCAUUUCCAACUUCUCCAUCCACUUGCUCUGCCAGCACGCCAGGCCCGCCACCCCACAGCCCCCUCCCAGCACCGCUGCCAUCUGCCAAACAGCAGUGUGGUAUGUGGUCUCAUGGGCACCCGGUGCCCAAGGCUGGCUACAGGCCUGCCAUGACCAGUUUCCUGAUCAGUUCCUGGAGGCAAUCUGUAGCAACCUCUCUUUUUCAGCCCUGUCCAGCCCCAACCGCCGCCUCGUAAAGCGGCUUUGUGCUGGCCUGCUCCCACCCCCCACCAGCUGCCCUGAAGGUCUGCCCCCUGUUCCCCUCACCCCUGAGAUAUUCUGGGGCUGCUUCUUGGAGAAUAAGACUCUGUGGGCCGAGAGGCUCUGUGGGGAGGUGAGCCUACAGGCGGUGCCCCCCAGCAACCAGGCUUGGGUUCAGCAUGUGUGCCAGGGCCCCACCCCUGAUGUCACUGCCUCCCCACCCUGCCACACUGGACCCUGUGGGGAACGCUGCCCAGAUGGGGGCAGCUUUCUAAUGAUGGUCUGUGUCAAUGACACCAUGUAUGAGGCUUUGGUGCCCUUCUGGCCCUGGCUGGCAGGCCAGUGCAGGAUUAGUCGUGGGGGCAAUAACACUUGCUUCCUAGAGGGACUGCUGGGGCCCCUUCUGCCCUCUCUGCCACCACUGGGACCAUCUCCACUCUGCCUGGCCCCUGGCCCCUUCUUGCUUAGCAUGCUGUCACAAUUGCCACACUGUCAGUCCUCUGUGCCCACCCUUACCCACGCCACACGCCUCCACUACCUCCUGCGCCUAUUGACCUUCCUCCUGGGCCCAGGGGCCGGAGGGACUGAGACCCAGGGGAUGUUGGGUCAGGCCUUGCUGCUCUCCAGUCUCCCAGACAACUGCUCCUUCUGGGAUGCCUUCCGCCCAGAAGGCCGGCACAGUGUGCUGCGGACAGUCGGGGAGUACUUGGAGCAGGAGGAGCGGCCGACUCCACUAGACUUUGAACUCACCGACAGCUCUGGCAUAAGCAGGAUGGAGCUGCUAGCCUGUUUCAGCCCCGUGCUGUGGGAUCUGCUCCAGAGGGAGAAGAGUGUUUGGGCCCUGCAGAUUCUAGUGCAGGAGUACCUGCACAUGCCCCCGGAAAAUCUGCAGCAACUGGUGCUUUCAGCAGAAAGGGAGGCUGCACAGGGCUUCCUGACACUCAUGCACCGUUCCUGGGCCCAGCUGCAGGUACCACCAUCUGAGGAGCAGGCCCUGGGUCACCUGACAGCCCUGCUACUCCAGCGGUACCCACGUCUCACCUCCCAGCUCUUCAUUGAUCUGUCACCACUCAUCCCCUUCUUGGCUGUCUCUGAUCUGAUGCGCUUCCCACCAUCCCUGUUGACCAAUGACAGUGUCCUGGCUGCCAUCCGGGAUUACAGCCCAGGAAUGAGGCCUGAACAGAAGGAAGCUCUGGCAAAGCGUCUACUGGCUCCUGAACUGUUUGGAGAAGUACCCGCCUGGCCACAGGAGCUGCUGUGGGCAGUGCUGCCCUUGCUUCCCCAUCUCCCUCUGGAGAACUUUCUGCAGCUCAGCCCUCAUCAGAUCCAGGCCCUGGAGGAUAGCUGGCCAGGAGCAGGUCUCGGGCCAGGGCAUGCCCGACAUGUGUUGCGCAGCCUGGUGAACCAGAGUGUCCAGGAUGGGGAGGAGCAGGUGCGCAGGCUGGGGUCCCUCGCCUGUUUUCUGAGCCCUGAGGAGCUGCAGAGACUGGUACCCUUGAAUGAUCCAAUGGGGCCAGUAGAACGGGGCCUGCUGGAGUGUGCAGCCAACGGAACCCUCAGCCCACAAGGACGGGUGGCAUAUGAACUUUUAGGGGCAUUGCGCUCAUCUGGAGGAACUGUGCUGAGUCCCCGAGAGCUGCGGGUCUGGGCCCCUCUCUUCCCUCAGCUGGGCCUCCGCUUCCUGCAGGAGCUGUCAGAGCCCCAGCUCAGAGCCAUGCUUCCCGCCCUGCAGGGAACCAGUGUCACACCUGCCCAGGCUGUCCUGCUGCUUGAACGGCUCCUCCCAAGGCACGAUCUAUCCCUGGAGGAACUCUGUACCCUGCACCCUCUACUGCCAGGCCUCAGCUCCCAGACACUCCAGGCCAUCCCUAGACGAGUUUUGGUUGGGGCCUGUUCCUGCCUGGCCCCUGAACUGUCACACCUCUCAGCUUGCCAGACUGCAGCGCUGCUGCAAAACUUUCGGGUGAAAGAUGGCGUUAAAAAUAUGGGUGCAACAGGUGCAGGUGCAGCGGUGUGUAUCCCUGGUCAGCCCAGUCAAACUACCUGGCCAGACUGCCUGCUUCCCCUGCUCCCAUUAAAGCUGCUACAACUGGACUCGGCCACUGUCUUGGCUGACCGAAGGCGCUACCGGGAUCUGCCUUGGUCUGAGCAGCAGGCACAGUUUCUCUGGAGGAAGAUGCAGGUGCCUACCAACCUGACUCUCAGGAAUCUGCAGGCUCUGGGCACCCUGGCGGGGGGCAUGUCCUGUGAGUUCCUGCAGCAGAUCAACUCGAUGGCAGACUUUCUUGAAGUGGUGCACAUGCUCUAUCAACUUCCCACUGGGGUUCGAGGAGGUCUGAGGGCCUGUAUCUGGGAGGAGCUACAGCGGAGGAUGACAAUGUCAGAGCCAGAGCCGGCAGCCCUGGGAACAGAGCUGAGUGGGCUGGAUACCAAACUACUCCUGGACUUACCGGUCCAGUUGAUGGACAGACUGUCCAAUGAAUCCAUUUUGUUGGUGGUGGAACUGGUACGAGGAGCUCCAGAGCAGCUGCUGACACUGACCCCAGCCCACCGGGCAGCCUUGGCAGAGAGGGCACUACAAAAUCUGGCUUCAAAAGAGACCCCCGUCUCAGGGGAGGUGCUGGAGGCAUUGGGCCCCUUGGUCGGAUUCUUGGGGAUAGAGAGCACACGACGGAUUCCCCUACAAACCCUACUGUCUCAUCUCAGUCAGCUGCAAGGCUUCUGCCUGGGAGAGCCAUUUGCCACAGAGCUGGGAUGGCUGCUAUUGAAGGAACCUGCUUUUGGGAAGCCAGAGUUGUGGAGUCAGGAUGAAGUCGAGCAAGCUGGACGCCUGGUGUUCACUCUGUCUACUGAGGCUAUUUCCAUGAUCCCCAGGAAGGCCUUGGGCCCUGAGACACUGGAGCGGCUUCUAGAGAGGCAGCAAAGCUGGGAGAGGAGCAGAGCUGGACAGCUGUGUGGGGGGCCACUGCUGACUCCCAAGAAAGCAGCACUGGUAGUUGGGAUUGUGCAUCCCAUUGCUGAAGAUCUCCCAGAACCCGUGCCAAAUUGUGCGGAUGUACGGGGUACAUUCCCAGCAGCCUGGUCUGCAACCCAGAUUGCAGAGAUGGAACUCUCAGACUUUGAGGACUGCCUGGCACUAUUUGCAGGAGACCCAGGACUUGGGCCCGAGGAACUACGGGCAGCCAUGGGCAAAGCAAAGCAGUUGUGGGGUCCCCCCAGGGGAUUCCGUCCUGAGCAGAUCCUGCAGCUGGGUCGGCUUUUAAUAGGACUAGGAGAGCGGGAACUACGGGAGCUGAUCCUGGUGGACUGGGGAGUGCUGAGCACCUUGGGGCAGAUAGAUGGCUGGAGCUCUGUCCAGCUCCGGGUUGUGGUCUCCAGUUUCCUACGGCAGAGUGGCCGGCACGUAAGCCACCUGGAUCUCAUUCACUUGACAGCACUUGGUUACACACUCUGUGGACUACGGCCAGAGGAGCUACAGCACAUCAACAACUGGGAGUUUAGCCAAGCAGCUCUCUUCCUGGGCAGCCUGCCUCUCCAGUGCUCUGAGGAGCAACUGGAGGUUCUGGCUCAGCUCCUUGUGCUGCCUGGUGGCUUCGGCCCAGUCAGCAACUGGGGACCUGAGAUCUUCACUGAAGUUGGCACAAUAGCAGCUGGGAUCCCUGACAUGGCUCUUUCAGCCCUGCUGCGGAGACAGAUCCAGGGUCUUACCCCACUUGCCAUUUCUGUUAUCCCUGCUCCUAAAUUUGCUGUGGUGUUCAGCCCCAUGCAGCUAUCUAGCCUCACCAGUGUUCAGGCUGUGGCUGUCACCCCUGAGCAAAUGGCCCUUCUGAGUCCUGAGCAGCGACAAGCAGUUGCAAGGGCUCAGCACGAGGGGAAGGAGAGCCCAGAACAGCAGGGUCGAAGCACAGCCUGGGGCCUUCAGGACUGGUCACAACUUUUCUGGGCUCUGGCACUGACCAUCUGCUUUCUUGUCCACUUGCUCUGAGCCAGUCUAUGCAGUUAAGGAGGGAGACUGUUGGAACGGAAAUUUGAAGUCAUAGUGAAUAAAGUGCAAAUGAAAGUACAUACUAACUAUUCUCAGGAGCUAAUGAGGAAUAUGGGGGAAAUGCUAAUGUUUUCCACCCACCUGAGAAUCAAUGUUCCUGGCAUCCCAUAUCUGGAAUCUCUUUACAUCAUAAAUAACCUGUGUGGUACAUAUUACAUCUCCUAUCUGACCGAAGACUGGCCUUGCUCCUGCCCUCUUCCUCCUCAGACAUCACUUCCCAUAACACCCCGGAGGCAUGCUGAGCUUUGGCUGCUAUAACUUUGAGCACAGUCCACCCUGGAGUGCAUCUUGUUUUAAAAAGAGCACAUACUCAAAUGUUUUCCCAAUACUUGCACACAAACAAGCUCCUGGCACUUAGCCAUCUUCGUUCCUCAACAACAUAUAUAUCUGGCCUAUAGAACAAUUGCCAGAGGUGCAAACAUACUCAAACUUCUUGCCAUCUUGCUGUUUGUCACAAGGUAGCUGCAGCUCUCUGUAUGUAAGU